GCAGAAUUUGCAAGCCCAAGCUGAAGAGCCUCGUCCAGACGUGAACACAUCCACUUGGGCAAGCCAGUUCUGCACCCUGGAUCGGAAAAUCACCCUAGCUGCGCCAUGAGCCGUGUUCGGGAUGCUGGCUGCGUAGCGGCAGGGAUAGUGAUCGGAGCUGGUGCCUGGUACUGUGUCUACAAAUACACCAGGGGAAGAGACCAGACGAAAAAGAGAAUGGUCAAGCCCAAGAACCGGGCUGUGGCUGGGACUGGAGCCAGGGCUAGAGCUGGGCUAAGGGCCGGAUUCACAAUUGACCUUGGGCCAGGAUUCAGUCCCCCAACCCCAGUCAGCGCUGGGACAGAGGACAGAGCCCAGGAUGAAGCCUCUGCUCUGAAGGCGGCUGGAGCUGAGGCAGUGGCCCCAGCUGCAUCCAGCAUUGAGGUUCAGAGUGGGGCAGGAAGUCGGGCCCCAGAGGCAGAUGGGGCCAGGGUUGGGCCUAAGACCGAAUCAGUAGUUGGGGCUGCAGUGGCUUCUGCAAUAGCACCACCUCCCGGGGUGGCAGAGGCUCCCGCAGCUGCAGAGGCCCCUGUAAUGACAGGGACUCCCAAAAUGGCAGAAGCCCCCAGCACAGGGGAGGCUCCCAGGGCAGCGGCACCUCCCAGGACAGUGGCACCUCUUGGGACAGUAGCCCCUACUGAGGUGGCAGCACCCAUUGAGGCAACUGAGGCUCCCAAGGUGGCAGCGCCUACCAGGGUGGCAGCACCUACCAGGGUAGCAGCGCCUACCGAGGUGGCAGAGGCUCCGGGAGUGGCAGUGCCUCCCGAAGCAGCUGAAGCUCCUGUGCCCACAAUGCCUACUGGGACAGCAGCACCUACUGGGGCUGCAGAGGUUCCUGGGACUUCAGGGUCCUCUAGAACAGCGGCAGUUCCUGGAACUGCUGCUGCCAAGAAAGCAACCCCUGGGGCUCACACUGGGGCUAUACCUAAGGCCGGGUCAGCGACUGGAGCUGUACCCAAAGGUGGAGCCAAGGGUGGAACCAGGUCCCGAAAUGGGGGCAAGGGCAAGGGCAAGAAAAGCAAGGUUGAAGUAGAUGAAUUGGGAAUGGGCUUCCGACCUGGAGAUGGGGCUGCAGCAGCUGCUGCAGCCUCUGCUAAUGGGGGACAAGCUUUCCUGGCGGAGGUCCCUGACUCUGAGGAAGGGGAGUCCGGGUGGACUGACACAGAGUCGGAUUCAGACUCUGAGCCUGAGACCCAGCGCAGAGGCAGGGGCAAAAGACCUGUUUCAAUGCAGAGGCGCCCCUUUCCUUAUGAAAUUGAUGAGAUUCUGGAUGUCCGAGAUCUCAGGAAAGUCCUUGCCUUGCUUCAGAAAUCAGAUGAUCCUUUCAUCCAACAGGUAGCUUUGCUCACCCUGAGCAACAAUGCCAAUUAUUCAUGCAACCAAGAGACAAUUCGAAAAUUGGGAGGCCUCCCAAUUAUUGCAAACAUGAUCAACAAAACUGAUCCCCACAUUAAGGAAAAAGCCUUAAUGGCCAUGAAUAACCUGAGUGAGAAUUAUGAAAAUCAGGGCCGGCUUCAGGUAUACAUGAAUAAAGUGAUGGAUGAUAUCAUGGCCUCUAACCUGAACUCAGCAGUACAGGUAGUUGGACUAAAAUUUUUAACAAACAUGACGAUUACUAAUGACUACCAGCACCUGCUUGUCAAUUCCAUUGCAAACUUUUUCCGUUUGCUAUCUCAGGGAGGUGGAAAAAUCAAGGUUGAGAUUUUGAAAAUACUUUCGAAUUUUGCUGAAAAUCCAGAUAUGCUCAAAAAACUUCUCAGUACCCAAGUGCCAGCAUCAUUUAAUUCCCUCUAUAAUUCUUACGUGGAAUCAGAAAUUCUUAUUAAUGCUCUUACCUUGUUUGAGAUCAUCUAUGACAAUCUCAGAGCAGAAGUAUUCAAUUACAGAGAAUUUAAUAAAGGUUCCCUUUUUUACUUAUGCACUGCAUCUGGAGUGUGCGUUAAGAAAAUUCGAGCCUUAGCAAAUCACCACGACCUCUUGGUGAAAGUGAAAGUUAUAAAACUAGUGAACAAAUUCUGAUUGGCUAUGUGCUCUCAAAAGACUUGAAGAAAUUUCUUGG